GUGACAAAAAAAGAGGAAAUCAUUUUGCUCGGGGACGGGCAAUAUGACUCGCCUGGGUAUUCUGCAAAAUAUGUUAGCUAUAUCAUCAUGGAUUCGGCAACAGAACAAGUUGUUGACUUUGUCGUCUUUCAACGAGGCCAGGUUUCAGGAGAGCUUGAGAAAGAGGCUUGUCAGUAUCUGCUUCUUAGACUGAUGGAGCUAAUUCCUCAUGAAUUAUUUGAUGGGUUUUGCACUGAUCGUCACUCAGGGAUACGGGCAAUGAUGCAAAAGGAACCGUUCAAAAGUGUUCUCGCUCACUAUUUCGAUGUUUGGCACCUAGCAAAAACUUUGAUGAAGGUGUUCCAAGCCACAUGUAGACUGAAGGUGUUGGCUGACUGGAAGGUGUCGAUUGUCAACCAUUUUUGGGCGUGCUGUAGAAACUGCAAGGGAGACGGCAAACUACUGGUUGAAGAAUUUCAGUCCUUUCUCUUCCACAUCCAAAAUGUGCACCAAUUUGAGGGCAGCAAACUUACAGCAUGCCGACACAAGCCCAUCACACCUGAAAAGGAGAGGAAGAAAAAAUGGCUCAUCCCGGGAAAGCAUGUAAAAGAGUUGAAGGCGAUUGAAAAACUUGUGAACGACAAGAAAUUUUGUGCCGACAUUCAACAUGCUGCUAGAUUUGUGCACACCGGUGUGGUGGAGAGGCUCAACAAUCAAUCGAUGAAAUACCAACAGAAGUACUGCUCCUUUGGCCACAGAGCCAUGGUUUGCAGGAGAGCGCUUGCCUGCUUGGAGCAGAACAACAAGUUGAGACACCCAUCAGAUGUUGUUGCUCUGGAUGACAUCUACGUCAAACAGUCCGGUCGUCGGACUUUGCGGAAAAGGUACCGAAAAAGGGCAGAUGAUUGGCGACGACAUCUCCACGAAAGCAUAAUUGCAGCUCUUGUCUUCCCUCAUCAAUUCCACUACGACGAGAACUCUGUGAAAAAGUUGCUAUAUGAGAAGCCUAUCCCCAAAAACAUCAGCAAAAAGCCUCCGAUGACUCCAGAGGAAAGAGCCAGAAAUUUGAUGUCUCGUCUACAUGACUGCGGGGUUGUUGAUGAAGAAGCUGAAGAUAGUGAAUAAAAAUUCAUCUGGCUAACACUGAAUUUUGAUUUCAAUUGUAACCAAAAACACUAAUUGUAUUUGGAUUAUGUUAAUAUUUUUAAAUUGUGACGAUAUUGAAUAUUUUUCAAGUAAUUUUAAUUUGUAAAAAUUAUCAGGCAAAUAGAAUUAUUUGAAUUUAAAAAAAAAAUUGGACAUUUUUAGAAAUUUAUUCUGCGGCACCAAAGUUAUUUUUCACAUUUUAGU